UAAGGUAAUGAAUAUAUCACAUACGCAGUUUAAAAACGUUGGAUGUUUAGUAUUUAAUCUUUUAAUGUGUAUUAUAGAAACAAAUUGUAUGGAAUGAUGAGUAUAUCAGAAUAUUCUUGGAGCUUCUUGAUGUUGAAUUGGCUAGAAUUAGAUACAAGCAGAAGCUACCGAAAGAAAUCGGCCGAGUGCGGAUUUGUGAAAAGUUUUUGGAACAAACUAAGAUAAAUCUUCUGUGGGAUUCUUUCAAGAGCAAAUACGAUGCUUUGAGAAAUAAGUGGAAUGCUUAUAAGAGGCUGAGAAAUUUCACUGGAAUACACUAUGAUCAGAACACGGGUUUGAUUUACAUGGAUCCGGACUGGUGGGUUGACCGUGAAAAGGAGAUACCAUAUGCCAAAAUUAUCCGUGAAGAAGGAAUUCCCCAUAUGGAGCUUAUGAGACGCAUAUUUGGUUGUCAAGGCAGUAAACCAGAAGCUAUGUACCCAACUCAUAAGCAAGAUGCAAACAAUACUGAGGUAGAUGAGAGGCAAUCAGUGGACAAGUUCGUUCCGAUAGCCGUAGAUGAUGAUGGAGAUGAUUCAAACCGUACUCCUACAAAGGAUGCACAUCUACAGUCUCAAACCAUCACAAACGAAUCUCCUCCACUGUCGCCAAUUGGUCCAGCGAAGCGGUCAGCUAAAAAACAAUCACGUGUUACUCCAUACCCAAGUAAUCGAGGGAAAGAUGUACUACGGAGUGGAGAAAAGAACAUGCCACGAAGAAGAACGGCAUUUGAAACAGAGAUGGGUGGACAAUUCAAAGAAAUGAUGGAAUUUCGUCGUGCUCAAGUAGAAGAGGCAAGAGAACGUAGAGAAAAGAAUGAAGCUACACCAUACAAAGAGGCAUAUGGAGUCUUGCAAUCAAUUCAAGGUUUGACAAGGUGGACAGAUUUUUGGUGGGCGUGUAUCAAAGUACUAAAGGAGGAUCUCUUUGCCCGAGAAAUGAUGGUCUCUAGUGAAAAUGAUCAUGAUAAGAUCAUAUUCUUGGAGGGUUAUACGGGAUAUGAUCGUAACGGAGAUUUCAUUGGAAAUCGUCUCAAUAAUUUGCAAAGUUGCCAAAGAGGUCCUCCAAGUGUCAACCUGGAUUUGAACAUCCGUAACACAAACAUGGAGACUCACGAAGAAUUCAAUGCUCCAUCUCAUACAGAGCUCAUGUCAUUAUUCAAAGAGAUAGGGUAUGAAGGUGGAACCAAGAAAACGGGUUGUGAUGGAGAAUCAAGUCAGACGAAGACUUUUAAUCUAGAAGAUUAAAAAUCUUUUAAUAAUAUUCCUUUUCCUUUUUCUAAUGCAUUUUAGGUUAAGGUUUUUUUUUUGUUUUUUUUUUUUGGUUCAAUGCUAAGAAAUUAGUUCUAUUUUGCUUAAUGUUACAUGGUUUAUGAUUAAUAAAAUAAUUAAGUUCUAAUCCUAGUUUUUUUUUAUUCUCAUCUAUUUAUAGGUCAU